GUGAAAUAGUUUGAAAAUGGACGAAAACUUUUGACAAGCCGAUAAAUUUGUGUGAUUUUUUCCGUUUUCUCAAGCCAUUUCAUAAAGCAAUUGAAGAAGGGAGUUUGACCUUCACCCUAGAUUGAGCCAUGGCGGUCUACUUUGACCACCGCCUGGACACCGAGAGAUCUGGCAUCAACACUGAUGUGUCGUGGUUCAGUGGCAACCCUCUGUUGGCAGUCACAUCGUACAGUGAUGAGACUGGAGGCUCAGUUAACCUCUUUCUGGAUGAGGGGGAGAAACUGCUCAAUGUGAAACUGCACCGAAGCUGCGCAGUGACUUCAACAUCCUGGCACCCAACGAAAAGAAUUAUAGCCGUGGGGUUUGAGAAUGGAGAGCUGUUGAUAUGGAAUAACGCGGACCAUGAGCUGUUUGAAGGUCUUCCACUACACAAACACGCCAUCACUGUGAUGCACUGGAGUUCUAAUGGCUCGAGACUUAUAUCUGGUGACAAGUCUGGUGUAGUGAUGGUAUGGAAGGCGGACAGUAAGGGCCGACUACAACAGAACCCACUACAUCAACACCACUGUCAGGAGCCCCUGGCACAGGUCAUCUUUAAGCCUGUACCCCCACCAGACCCUGCUACAGACAUAACUCAGCUUGCUAAGGCUGCUGUUAGCGGGGAUGAGUCAGCCCUGGAUAUGUUUACCUGGAAAAAGGGCAAGGCAGCUAAGUCUACUACAACCUUCGGAGCUCAAGAGUCUCUCUCCUUCUUUGUAGGUGGAGCCACUGGAGGUGUAUACUUUGUGAGUGAGACUGGCUCGUGUAACCUGGCAUUUAAGGCAGAGAGUGCCAUUCUCAAGUUGCUCUAUUACGAGGAGAAGAACAUCCUUGUAACUGUGACAGAGGGUCUAUCCCUCUAUCAGCAUGCUGUAAUGCCCGAGGGUGAGACGAAGGAAAUGAUGAAGGUAAAACUGAGUGGGCGUGGAGAGAAGCCAGUGAUUGACUGGGCCGGAAAGGGCAUUCUUGCAACAUCUACUGGAGAGGGUGUCAUCAGGAUGUGGGACUUGGAGAAUGAAGAGAACUACAUCCUGCAUCUUGACGGCCAUAGUGGCUAUGAUUCCAACGAAAACAUUACCUGCCUAGCAUUCUGUGAUAACAAAGGUGUUCUGGCAGGAGGUACAAACAUGGGCAAUGUAGCUUUGUGGAAGUUCUCUCCCCCACCCUCAGGAAAGAAAGUAGAUGGGGAAAUUAAGUGGAAACUGCAGACUCCCGCCACUGUGGAGGGGCCGGUACAGCAAGUUCAGUGGGGUUCGACAAAGAACCUUCUGGCUGUCAACACGAUAGCCAAUGUGUUUAUGCUGAGUGAGCAUGUGAUGAGUGCCCACUUCCGGGACCAGACUGCAGUGGUCCAGUUUGGUCCGAGCUCACUGUCCAUUGAAGUCUUUUCGAAUGGAACCCACCAUGAUUUGAAGACAGACAUACAAGUUAAAGGAAUAUUCACAACUAAGGAUGCGCUUGCUGUGUGGAACGGUCGACGUGUGAUCAUAUACGAGUAUUCGGAGGACAAGUCAACUAUCAAGGCGUCCGGAAGUUUCACCACAGAUUCCAUGGUGAUCUGCCUAUAUGAGCAGAAUGUCUACUGUAUCGAGAUGCACAAGGUCCAGGUCCGCACUUUCCAGGGUACUGUGAAGCAGGUGAUCAACUUCAGUGAUGUAGAAGGUCAGCCUGUCUGCCUGGAUGUGUGUGGGUCAUACCUGCUCAUUGGGACUGAUAUUGGUGUUCUUAAGGUGUUCGACUUGUCAAGAAGAGAGGCAAAGCCCCACAGUCAUCCCAAGAAUCUACAUGAGUUGGUUCCUGGGUUUGGUUCCCUGCAAGCUUGCAAAGUCAACUGUAAUGGCACAAAAGUCAGUGCAGCCAUCAAAAUGAAUGCCAACCACCAGAUUGACCCAAAGCUAUAUUUCUGGGACAUAGAAUCUGACUCCCUCUCAUACUUCAACUUGGAAAGCGGAAAGGGGGAACAGGACGAUUACCCUCCAGAACAGAUGCUGGGAAUGCAGUCAGGCAGCGCUAUUGAAAUGAGCGAUGCAGACAGGGGCAAAGACCAGGCAGCAAAGGACAUCGCAGGACGUUUCUCCACAAUGCAUUACUGGGACGCCCAUGACCCGAAACUGGUAGUGUGUGAAGCCCAGAUCCUACCUAGGGUGACGGAUAAGGAGGAGAAGAAAUAUAAGGCCACUCUGACUAAACAGAUAGAUGAGGGACCGGUUGAGGUGAUGGUGGUGUCAUUGUUCUGUACGCCGGAGAACGGAAUCCUGAUACAGGACAGUUUUCCACUGUGCGAUGAGUAUGAGAGAAUGUUGGGGAUAGAGGUCCCAUACCACUACUUUGUCAGGAAGGGUGGUUCUACAGAAGGGGAUGCCUCAGCUCAGGAAGACGGCCAUCUUGUUCGGCCAGACACGGCUACAGUGAUCUACCCAAAACUUGUGGCAAGAAUGACCAUGCGUGACUUUGUUGGGCUCGAGAAAAGUGACAAAAACACACGAGAGGCCAUGCUGAACUUCAGCUAUUAUCUCACCAUUGGAAAUAUGGACGAGGCUUUCAAGGCUAUAAAACUGAUCAAAAGUGAGUCUGUCUGGGAGAACAUGGCAAAGAUGUGUGUGAAGUCUCGGCGUCUAGAUGUAGCCAGUGUGUGUCUCGGAAACAUGGGCCAUGCUCGCGGGGCAAAGGCGCUGAGGGAAUCUCUGAAAGAACCAGAACUUGAUGCCAAAGUGGCCACCCUCGCUUUACAGCUUGGGCUGUUUGAAGAUGCUGAGCGACUUUUGAAGAACUGUAAGCGAUAUGACCUGCUCAACCAUUUUUACCAGUCUUCAGGCCAGUGGGGAAAGGCAAUGGAGACGGCAGAGAUGUAUGAUCGAAUCCAUCUGCGCACCACAUACUACAACUAUGCGAAAUACCUGGAAGGCAAGGGAGAACUUUCUGAAGCCAUACCCAACUUUGAGAAAUCAGACACCCACAGAUUUGAAGUACCCAGGAUGUUGUUUGAUGAGCCAGACGCCUUGGAGCAGUACAUCCUUAAACACAAAGACAAGUCCUUACACAAGUGGUGGGCCCAAUACAUGGAGAGCCUUGGAGAAAUGGACACAGCCUUGCAGUUUUACGAGAUGGCCCAGGAUUAUCUCUCUCUUGUCAGGGUCUACUGCUACUGUGGAAAUAUGGACAAGGCCAGUGAGAUAUGCAAUGAGACAGGGGACCGGGCUGGCUGCUACCAUCUGGCCAGGCAACUGGAAAAUCAGGACCAUAUCAAGGAGGCCAUACACUUCUUUCAGAGGGCUGAGGCUUAUGGGAAUGCCAUACGCCUUUGUAAGGAGCACAAUUACGAUGACCAGAUCCUGAAUCUAGCAUUGCUUGGCCGUCCUGGGGACAUGAUGGAAGCUGCGAGAUAUUACGAGAACGUACAGGGUCACCAGGACAAGGCAGUCAUGCUCUACCACAAGGCUGGCAAUUUCUCAAGAGCCCUUGACCUGUCAUUCCGAACGAAGCAGUUUGGAGCUCUGCAGAUGAUAUCAGGAGACUUGGAUGAGAGGGCAGACCCAGAGUUACUGAAGCGCUGUGCUGACUUCUUCCUGGAGAACGGACAGUAUGAUAAGGCUGUUGACCUUCUGGGAAUCGGUAAAAAGUACUGGGAGGCCUUGAAAAUCUGUAUGGACCAGCACGUGGAGAUUACAGAAGACCUCGCGGAGAAACUCACUCCGAGUAAGGAGGAGCUUGGCGGAGACACUAUGGAGCGUAUCAAGAUCCUCGAGGCGAUUGCAGAGGUCUGCAUGCACCAGGGGCAGUAUCACCUCGCUACGAAGAAAUUUACACAGGCUGGGAAUAAAAUGAAGGCCAUGAAAGCAUUACUCAAAUCUGGAGACACAGAGAAGAUCAUAUUCUUUGCCGGCGUUUCUCGUCAGAAGGAGAUAUACGUGAUGGCAGCCAACUACCUACAGUCGUUGGAUUGGAGAAAAGACCCGGAGGUCAUGAAGAAUAUCAUUGGAUUCUAUACCAAAGGCAGGGCACUCGACUCCCUGGCUGCGUUCUAUGACGCCUGUGCUCAGGUUGAAAUAGAUGAAUACCAGAAUUAUGACAAAGCCUUGGGUGCCCUAGGAGAGGCAUUCAAAUGUCUGGGCAAGGCCAAGAUGGCUGACGAAGCCUUACAAGAGGAAAGACUCGCACAGCUGAAAAACAAGAUCACGUUUAUAAAGAAGUUUGUCACUGCUAGACGUGUGUACGAUGAGGACACAGAGGAAGCCAUCAAGCAAUGCCAGGUGUUACUGGAAGAGCCGGAGCUGGACAGUGGAGUUAGGAUCGGAGAUGUGUACGGGUUCAUCAUUGAACACUAUGCCAGGAAGGAGCGCUGGAAGGCUGCAUACAACGCUAUGGAAGAGAUGAAGGGACGUGUAUCGGGGGUAAACAUAGCAUACUACGUUAACAUGCGGACAAUACAAGCUGUUCACCAGGCAUUGGAUAUUCCCCUCUCAAACACCAUAGAUACUUCAAAGAUGAAUGGAUUCCGUGGCGGAGGCGGCCAGGAAGAGGAAGAUGGUGAAAUAGUGGAGGAGGAGGUGCCUAUGUACAAUGAUGACUUGUGAUUUGUCAGUUUAAUGUCAUGGGACAAUUUGCUGCAUUCUUGUUGGUCAAGAUUUUACUGAUGAAUGCUGAUUGGUCCAAUGUGAUCAUGUGAUUUUUUAUUCGAAAAUUGGUUGUGAGCUUUGAUUGGUCAGUUCUGUUUGACUCAACUUUUUUGAAGCAAAUGUAAGAACAAAUUGUUAUAAGCAUUGAUGUUAUGAAGAUGUACAAUUGUGAUACUUGUACAAAUAUUUUUUCUAUACAUUUUCUGUGAUCUGAAAAUUGUGCUUCUAUAAAUGCAGAACAUCGUACAUUUUGUAAACUUGUUCAUGUAUACUAAGUCUUGUGUUACUCUAAGGCAUUGUGAAAUGUUGUAACUCUGAAAUCAUUUACCUGUAGUAUUUGUAUUGUUAGCUUAAAACCUAUUGCUAGUCCUAUUAUGCAAACCACGACAAACAGAAAAUCGAAAUUGGUCUUAAAGUAAAUAAAACAUAAGCAGCAAAUUAUGAUGCGAUAGUUUCCUGUGACUGAAAUCAGAAUGGUGACUUCUGUGGCAUGACAUGUUUUGAAUGUUAUGGAUACAUAAAGUGUCUUUUCGAUAAAAGAAUUAAUAGUAUUUCGCAUGGUGCUGAAAACUUGACCAUUUUGAAAGUUAACAACUAGACCUUUUUCUGCUUCUUUUUUUUUAAGAUUCCAUACUAACAGCAUACUUAAAACAUUUCUUAUUGUUAAGUAUUAUGGUUUUCAUUCCAUGCCUUUUAUGAGGAGAUUAAUGUGAUGAAGGCAAACUAUUAUGGGUAAAUAUUAAUAUUUGAUUUACUUAAGUUAUUCACAUUAAUACCUGUAUGUAUAAUAGUGUUGGACUGUGUUGUAGAUGGCAUAUGAUGCAAUUGAAUUCCAUUCUAGUUUAGUUUUGUGCAUUUAAAAUGGUUGUGGGUCAUUGCCUAAAUUAGUUGUACUAGUUGAAUAAUAAGUACAAGCCUGAAUGAUAUGUACAAGCCUAAAUGAUAAGUACCAGCCUUAAUGAUAAGAACCAGCCUAAAUGAUUAGUACUAAUUUAAUAGUAAGUACGAGCCUAAAUGAUAUGUAUGAGGUGAAUGGUGAAAAACCUCGGGAUCCUGAAUGAUAUGUACCAGAGUUGAAUGAUAAGUACAAGUCUUAAUGAUUUACAAAUUGAAUGGUGCAAAAAUCUUACACCCUAAAUAAUAUGUGUGAGUUGAAUGGUGAAAAGCCGCAUGCCCAUACUUUCACACAUAUCUUCCACUUACAUGGAUCUGCCAUAGACUGGCAGCUUUUCUGAUUUAAAAGUGGGAAAGCUACAUGGUUUUGUCAUAUUUCUGGUGUUAUUAAAAAUAGUAGCAUGAAUUUUGUAAACAUAUUCAUUAUAUGUCAUUCACUUGUGUUGCAAGUCCCAUUACUCUUGCUAAAAUCAUUAUGGAAAUGGUAUGACCCUUUGAAGUUUGAGUGAAAGCCACAAGUAUGAUGGCUUUACAGUUUACAAUUUGCUUGUAUCUAGUAUGAAGGGGCCAUCUUUUCUACCAAGUGACGAAAUACCUUGAGAUAAAUAAUUUAGUUAAAAUUUGUGUUUAAGUCACUAAUUGGAUAGAGUGUUAUAAGUGCGACCAAUCAAACCCUUUUUUUCGAAAAAAUUAAAAAUAUUACUUCUUGGGAUUACCAAAUUUUUGAUUAAGUGAUCAAAAGAUAUAAUUGUUAAUAAGAGGUCUCUUGUUGUUGUUUUCAAUGAUGAUUUAAAUUAAGAGUCCUCCGAAAGUCGAGAACUUUCAUGUUUUUGUUUGAAGUAAAUUUGCUUAAAUUCUUCCUUCAGCAUUUGAUUAAGCUGAGUUGUGUGAACAUUCCAUUUUUCGUUUCUUCAAAAUGUGUUUUUCUAUCAAUUUGAAAUGUGAGUCAUUCAUUUUUUUGUGGCUUAUUUAACAUGAGUUUUGAUAAUUUAGAUGUCAUACAUUUAUUAGCAGUUUUGUGUACUUUAAACAGCUGCUGUGUCCAGUUCUUUAUACAUCAUAAUAUUUCAUAUAUCUCGAUAAGUCCUGAUGAAAUUAUAUUUCCAAAGCUUUGUUUAAAGAUAUACAUUUUUAGUGUUUCUGUUUAUUGUUAUUUUCCUUUUCACAAAAAUAUGGAUAGAUAAUUUAACUUGAUUUUGCACUGUCUCCCUUUAAAUCAUAUGGUAACAUGCUCUGUAUUAAAAAUGUCCAAAAGAGCCAUGCCAGUAGAGCAUAGGCCAUCAUUGGCCUUUUGUUUUUCUGUUUAAGCCUUUAUUGAGAUAAAUAUUUGAGCAUAGCAUCCAGUGGCAGAGCUCUUGUCUGAAAUAUUUGUGUAUAGUAUCUACAUUAGUAUAUGUGCUAUGAAAUCUAUUAUUUUUAGGAGAGCUUAUAUGUUUCUCCUAUUGUAUUUUUCUAUUUAUUAAAUUAUUUUUCUCACACAUAUGUACAUGCAUUAUCCGUCCAAGAGUCUUCAGAACGUGUAUUAUUUUCUGUUUGUUACGAAUCUCUGUAUAUUUUAUUUUUUAUACUGCAUGUUUUAUUGUUUGGCCCAAGAAGCAUUGCAGACUCACAAAGGUUUGUUCAUCUGCAUUUGAAGCAGUGGCUCCAUACUUUCAUUUCCCACCAAUAACUUUCUCAUAACUUUGUGCCUAGUCUUCAGACUUUGUAUGCCCAUUUGUCAUUGUCAGUAGAUGAACCCCAUUGAUUUGGAGUCAGUAGGUCAAAAGGUGACGGUCACAUAGAAUAUUAGUAGAAAUAUUAAGGACUGCAAAUCUGAUUCAUGAAAUUUUAUUGUCUCAUGGGAUUGAUUUCUAAACUUCAAUUUGCUAUGUUUAUUUGUGUGCCUUAUCUAACAGCCGAGCUUGUUUUAUUUUAUUGUUUAAUUUCAAAUGUAGCUUUAGCAAUUAAGGAAAAGUAAACAAUAUUAUCCAUUAAAUAGUAUAAAAUAGUAUAAAAUGUGAAACAAUCUUGAAUUGGCUCUUAAAUGACCUUUGCACACUUGUUAUUAAAGAAGGCGAGUAUUGUAAAAUCUUGAGAAAAAAACUUAAAUGUUUGUAAUUACCUGAAUCUGAUGAAGAUAUUUCUAUGAAAUAUUAAGUCUUAUAAUUUAUAUGGCUAAGGUAUGAAUUGAAAAAAUAAACAGUUGAGAAUUGUUAUCCUUGUAGGUGCCCUUCUUUUUAAGGUACCUUCACUUAUCCACACUUAAAUACCUCUUGUCUACUUAUUUAAGGUACCGUAUUAUAUCAUGUAUAGGACGCUAGCAUAGAUAGGACGCAGGCAAAAAAAUAGUUGAGAAAACGGGUAAAAACCCUUAAUAUAUAAGAUAGGACGCAGCGGAAAAAUGUCAAAAUCGGAGCCGAAAAAUUGAGGUUGGUCAAGUAUUUAUAACAUAUAUAUUGAAGUAAAAAACAAACAAAAAAUUGUAUAUGAGGCAUAUUUUGAUAACUGUCUUGUGUAUUUCGAUAAUUAUCGUCGUAUUUUGGUAAUAUAGCGUACACAACAAUGAUAUAUGUCUUGACAUUUUGAGAACAUUUACGCAUAUUAUAAGACUUAUACAAAUGCCGUAAUAGUCCCGACUGACAGUCAACCGUUGCAACCGUUGCAAUAGUCUCGACAUGCCUUCUGAAUGACAGUCAACAGUUGCAACCGUUGCAAUCGCAACAAAACUGAUGAUUGUUUUGAUAAGGCUUGUCGCUGUGCGGAUUAAAGCAUGUCGGCAUAAUUAAGUGUCGGUAAUUAGCCUUGCCAGCGGAAGGCACAUCGGGUAAAGUGCGAACAAACAACCAUAAGGUAUUACCAUCACAAUAGUUUGUUCUAUUGAUGUUUUUCUAAUGACAGACAGCGGGUGUUUUUCACACCUUCGCACAUUUGAAAAGAUUUGAUAGUGACAAUAAUGCUACUUUGCGUUAUGCACAUUCCUUUAUCAAUUUUUUAAAACAGUUACAUACAAAAUGUUUUGUAAAAUAUCGAAACAUUAAAAUCAUAAACAACGAUUAAUUGAUAUUUACCUCCUUUCCCGAUUUCCGUUACCGUUAUAACUCAAUCCAGUUAAAGUGCUGACUCACAUCGAGAUUUUGUGAGUAGCGUCCCUUUUAUAAAAAAGUAAACGCUCGUGUUUUUUUUCAAUUUAUUUCUCAAUAAAUCAUUUUAAAGUAAACAUUCAAUAUAUUUCUGCGUGUGUUCACUUGCGUGAUUUUACCUAUGUCAGUUGUUCUUUUCGGUGACGCAGUACAGAUACUUACUAUUACCGCGUUCUUCCCCGGUCCGAUAUUUUCGACCUGAAAUGGACUUGGAAAAAAACAGAUGAAAUUCUAAUAGCAUAGAAAGGACGCAGGCAAUUUUUAAGACGAGAAUUGGGGGUAAAAAAGUGCGUCCUAUGCAUGAUAUAAUACGGUAUGCUUAUUAUGUAUUAAUUAUUUUGCUAAUUUAUAGCUGGUCUGUUAUCAAAGAGUGCAGCCGAGGUGCUGUCCUAGUCUUGGCGUCAUUGUUAGCAGCAGAGUUAAAAAAAAAUGGUCAAGAUUUUAACAUUAAUCUUGUUACUCAUGUUUCUAAAGAAAAUAUGCACUUCACCUGGUUUUAAUAAAUAUAGAGUCAUGCUCUUUUUUCAAUUGAAAAUUAACAGAUGAGUGUUUGAGUACACACUGUGGCUCUCUUUGUUUUUACAUUUAACUGGGUCCAAUGAUUUUUCAGCUUUUUUUUUAAAUAGCUACUUCCAUUUUGCUUGCUGUUUAAUCAUUUUGUGAAUUGUUUUUGUGUAACACUGUAUUUUGCAUGUGAUUCACAUAUGUGAUCUUUCUAGAAAUUCAUAGUUUGUUAAUGUAUAAAUUAAAUAAUGUAAAUCAAC